CCUAGAUCUAGAUUUUCUAGAUCUAGACUCUAGAUCUAGAUCUAGAUUUUAGAAUCCACAUACUAGAGAUUCUACAUGAAGUAAAGGCAGGGAGUGAACAUCUGAGCUGGCGUGCCCCAGUCAAUUCUAGAGGUGACGUCAAAGCAAAGAGUUAUUCAGUAUUAUCAGAGAGUUGUCACUUCCCCCUGAUGUGCGUAUCUGGGUUACCGGCUGAUCGUGGCGAUAAGCGCGGUAAACAAAAACAAGCUGCAUUCAUUGUUCAAGACAUUUUUAUUGAUCACUGACAAGCAUGGCUUCAGUCAGCACAAAGUGUCAAUGGUGUUCUGCUGUAAACUGCACCAAUUCCAGGAACAAAAAUCCAAAUUUGAGUUUCUUUCGAUUCCCAAAAGAUGAGGAAAGAGCAAGACAAUGGGUGAUGCUUUGCGGACGAGCUGAUUUGGAGGAAAAGCCAAGUGAAGCACUAAACAAGGGAAAUGUUUUGUGUGAGGAACAUUUUGAGCCAUCAUGCUUCACAUCCUCAAGAUCGUCUACUGCUCUCAAUGUCCGAAAGAGGCUUAUAACGACUGCUGUUCCAACUAUAUUCAACUUUUCAAAUCCUCCUACUAAUGUGACCACUGAAGAGAGAGAGCUUCCUAUUCCAAGGGCUCCUCUUAAAAACUCGGAGUUUGCCAGUCCGAGGAAAAAUCAGACGAAGCGUGGCAACUAUCCAGCUAUACGAACGCUGUUGAAUUUCAAUGUGCCCAAAAGAGGAAACAGACUAGCUCCAAGAAAAAAGACUACUGUGUUAACAAAAAGUUCAAGCUCUUCAGCAACAUCCGAGGAAAUUUCUCAACCUAAAACAUGUCCACAGAUGGUUGUCAAUCAUGAUACACCGGUGUCGCCCUUGAACAAAGGUAGUGGAUGUCGAAGUGGCCGCAAGACCAUGCGCAAGAUAGACAUCUCCCAGAUUUUUUCAGAGGCUGCGGUCAGCGUGGAAGAAGUUCAUAGGGCAGCUGAGACUUCUGUCUGUACUGUUGGCGUACAGACUGAUCCUGUUUACAUUUUGCCAAUGGAAGACGCAGAUUUGAUGACAUUUGGCACAGAUAAAGGAUUGUCUGCCCGCCUCACUCUGGACUCUGCACGGAGACCUCCAGGGACCAGCCAGGGUCUUGUGCGUCAUCACUGCAGGAUCUGCGGCGCUGCCUUCGUGGGCCAGCUACAGCUCAAGCUUCAUCGGUGGAUUCAUCAGAUGGCCCAGCCCAGCUCUCAGAGGAGAAGGGCUGCUUCAAUGUCUCAGAGGAAACUGGCCACUCCCGGUUUUGCGGAGAAGAAUGAAGGAGCGAGUAUGUCGAGAGUGCUGAAGGGUGUGAAUAACUGGGCAGAGGGUUUUGCAGCAGACGCAGAUCUUGGAGCGAUGGAGAUCACUGUGUUGUCCGACAGGAGAGUGAUAACGCCGUGGCAAACUGGGCAGGAGAACGUGCCGGUAGUAGAACUUCCACGCGCUGUGAAACAGACAGGUACGCCGUCAAAGUCAGGGAUUAUUGUUGGGAAGAAAAGACCGGUUGGUAAGUUUCAGCGAAGUUUGCUGAAGAACAGGCUGCCAAGGGAGGGUGGUCAGAAGAGAAGUGACAGCAAAGACAAUACGCCAAAGAAGUGCCCAGUGUGCGGGGAGAUGUUUGUGAAACCCGCGGCCCUGAAAAUUCACCUGUCUGAGCACCUGUACUACGACAUACAUCGAGGCCAGGUGUUGAUUCAUGGGGCCAUCAUGCCCAACACCAACGGGACCGGCCUGUGCGUCAUGGAACAGACCUCGGCAGGUGAAGACCUUGCGGGUGAGCAAGAGGGAUCCCCGCCGGACGGGCAGGCCAAAUCAAACGGGCCUGUGCCAUAUAGCCACAGCGAUGUGAAAGGUAGUGAGUUCAGCUUCGUGUGUACUCUGUGUAAUGUAGGAUUCAUGCGUAAGAAACAGUUGUGUGCGCAUCGACACUCGGAGCACAGCAGCAUCAAAAGCGUGUACAAGGACAAGAGAUUGGUGCUCAAGUCGCCCUCGUCCACCAGACCUAAGUCCAACAUGUGUGAAAUCUGUGGGGAGGUGUUCAAGUCACUCUAUUCCCUGAAGAUCCAUGUUCUCCGCCACAAAAAGAACUUAUUGAAGGACGAUAUUUGCCAUAAAGACUUUUCCACUUCUGAUGCGCUCAGAGUUCACAAGAAACUGCACAAGCCGAAAGAUCCUGAAGCCCAGCCUGCUAAAAAAUCGGGAAGGAAAAAGCUUGUUUGCAAUGUCUGUGGCAAAAUGGUUCCCUCAAUGAAGCGGUUGCAGAACCACAUGUUACGCCAUACAGGUGGCGACAUAUACACAUGCCGAGUUUGCAAAGAGAAAUUCUCCUCCCUGAAACUGUUGAAGACCCACCAGGCUGAGCAGGGCCACGUGGUCGACAAGCCGUUUAUCUGUGAGGUGUGCGGCUCUGCCUACUCUCACAUCUUCAGUCUCAAGAGACAUCACUUCGUGACUCAUGUCAAGAACAAAGAUAAGGAGGGAACGGUGAAACAGAGAGUGAGGAAAACAAGAGAGAAAGGAAGUUUCCCAUGCCAGUAUUGUGGAAAAGUUUUUGACUUCAGAGACAAGCUUCAGUGUCAUGUUGGUAAGCAUACCGGGGAGAAAUCCUAUAAGUGCGAAAUUUGCCACAAAGCUUUUUGCUAUCCGGGUACUUUGUCUUUUCAUAAACGGAAGCACAGGGAGACAAAGGUGAAAGAAAAGCUAAAAGUAAGAGUGACAUGUGAGUAUUGCCAUAAGGUUUUCUGCAGCCAGAAAAUACUGGCCAGUCACAUCAAAUACCACACAGGUGAAAAUCUCCACACCUGCGAAAUUUGCAACAAGUCUUUUGUCUACCGGGGAUCGUUCCUCAUGCACAAGCGGAGCCACGCAGGUGAGCGGCCUUACAAGUGUGACCUCUGUCCCCAGCGAUUUCUUCGCCCGUACAACUUAAGGUGUCACUACCGCAUCCACACGGGCGAGAAGCCAUAUCCUUGCCAGAUCUGUGGCCAGAGGUUUCGACAGCAGGGUGACCGCAACUCGCACCAGAAGCGUCACUCCACGCAGGCCGCCAAGGCAUCCAACAACGUGUCGAGCAACACAGCAGCAGUCCAGACACAGGUGGAGGCCGAGGUCCCUGCCACAAUUCAGAUUCAAGUCCUCACGCAGCAGGACAAUGAGACGGCCACAUCGGUCAUUAGUAUUCUUUGAGGCUACUAAUUCUCUUCUACAUUGCGCUAAGGCUUUAUGCUGUGGGAAAGAUUCUUUUUCAUUUUACAGUUUACUUUGGGACACUUCCAAUAAGUCGUUCUACGCCUUGUACUGAGACUUAAAAGUUUGAACAUGAUGACUUUGCUGUGAAUUACAGUCAAACCUGUGUAAGACGGCCACCCAUUGUCAAGGAGAAAAGUGGCCGUAUAAGACAGGUGG